AUGGGAAGUACAAAGUACUGUCAGCCGCUCCGCACCAUCCCGACAAUUCGGCAACCCACACCAGCGGCGCCUGCCAUUCCUCGAAACUUACCAGUGGCGAGUCUAGCACAUGUCAGGUGGAACUACUGUCAAUACAGACAUGCGAAACUAAUCACAUCUGGCCACUAUCAAACAAGAACUGGAUACAUCGUCACAAUAAGUUACAGAGAUGUGAUACAUUCGGUUGAAGAACAACAAGCCCUCGGACCCCCGCGAAAGCCGACCGGUCAUCGUCUUCAAUAUCGUCUUCAACCCCGACACCCUCUUCCGCUCUCCGUAAUGCUGAGGUGCUGGGCGCCCCGUGCUCGUCAUCAGCAGGUCGAUCUACGACGACAGCUUCGCUCGAGGAAGACGGUGCGUGUACAGUGCGACCGUCGCUACGGUGAACGUCGGUCUCAGCCGCGGCGUUUCCUAUGGCAGAUUGUCCUGUCUGCGGCGCAUGGGGGCCCCGCGCAGCUUCCGGUGAAGAGCUCUCUCCGACAGGAUCGGGUUUCCGUGGAAGAAUGA